AUGGACGGAGACGACAUUUGCCCACUGGAUGACCCAAAACAUGGCGUCAAUGUCGAAAGUUUACAAGACCAAUCGGCCACUUUUAAUUUAUCCUUUCGCGAAGUCCAGCCCGUUGACAUACGCGUGAAGAACCUAUCGCUGGAAGUUGAUAUCUCUCCCCCGAUAUGGGAAACCGCCCCGUCACAGAUAUGGCGCCGUUUACGCGGGAAGACGGCGGCCGAUGCGCAGAAAACCGUGCUGGACGGAAUCGACGCUUACAUGCCGAGUGGCAGCUUGACGGCGAUCAUUGGUAGUAGUGGAUCUGGGAAGACAUCGCUGCUCAACCUUAUGGCAGGCAGAAUGGGUAUGAGCAAGGCCGCUGUCGCAGGGACUACGACCUUCAAUGGCGAUGCCAACAUUGAGAGCGUUCGCAGUGCCUAUGUCAUGCAGGAAGAUGUCCUCAUACCCACACUGACGGUCCGAGAGACUCUGCGGUACUCGGCCGAUCUACGGCUCCCGCCGCCUACCACGCAGAAGGAGCGCCAUCAAAUUGUAGAACAGGUCAUUAUGGAGCUAGGCCUGAAAGAAUGCGCCGAUACACGGAUAGGCACCAAUAUCCACAAGGGCUGCAGUGGGGGUGAGAAGAGACGCACGAGCAUUGGGGUGCAGAUGUUGGCAAACCCGUCGGUACUAUUCUGCGAUGAACCGACCACAGGCCUCGACGCGACAAGCGCCUUUCAAAUUGUCCGAACGUUAAAACGGCUCGCCCAAGAGGGAAGAACAGUCAUCGUCUCGAUCCAUGCCCCUCGCUCAGAGAUUUGGAAUCUUUUUGAUAAUGUCAUUCUCUUAGCCCGGGGGUCGGUCGUUUAUAGUGGACCAUCAAGCGGGUCUUUGACUUACUUUGAAAGUCAUGGCCAUGUGCUUCCUCCCUUUGUCAAUCCAGCGGAGUUUCUGAUCGAUCUUGCUGCUAUUGACAACCGUACAGAGGAGUUGGAAGCAGCGUCCUUGGCGAGAGUUGAAUUUCUCAAAACUUCGUGGAGAACUAAACGGAAGACCGACAAGGAAAUGUGCGGAUCACGGCAAGAUGAUGAGAAGCGUGAGGGUUCAACUACACGGGUACAAGACAUACCGAUGGCGAAAACUGUAUCAUUCAAUCGGCAGUUCCGUGUCCUCACCUCUCGUACAUUCAAGACAACAAUUCGUGAUCCUAUGGGUCUCGCGGGUAGUCUCCUUGAGGCUAUCGGCAUGGGUGUCAUCAGCGGCUGGAUCUUCGUGCAGCUGGAUGAGAGCCAAGCAGGGAUUCGCUCCCGACAAGGAAGCCUUUAUACCUCAAGCAGUCUAAACGGAUAUCUCAUUCUCCUUUAUGAGACAUACCGACUAACGAUCGACAUACGGCAAUUUGACCGGGAGAGAACGGAAGGUGUUGUGGGGGUUCCGGCUUUCUUAUUGAGUAGACGUGCAGCGAGACUGCCUCUGGAAGAUUUACCUGUUCCAGUUAUCUUCGCUAUCAUUUUCUAUUUCAUGGUGGGAUAUCGCCUGAGUGUGGACCAGUUUUUUAUCUUUCUGGCCAUUACGAUCCUCACUCAUUACAUUGCCAUAACUUUUGCGGCCGUCUCCAUCGGUAUCGCCAGGAGCUUCCCUGGGGCGAGUCUAGUAGGCAACCUCUCGUUUACGGUGCAGUCGUUCGCGUGCGGCUACUUCGUGCAGUCAAAUCAGAUUCCGGUCUAUGUGCGUUGGCUAAAGUGGGUGGCGUAUACCUUCUAUAUCUUUGGGGCGCUAUGUGCCAAUGAGUUUAUUGGCCCCAACGGGCCGCCUGAAGGCCAGUUCUACGAUUGUCCCUAUUCCGACGACCCCAAUGAUCCUGCGUGCACGCAAUACACGGGUCGGUAUAUCAUGGAGAGCCUGGGAUUCCCAUCCAAUUGGAUAUGGCGGCCAAUCGUAGUAUUAGUGGCGUUUGUCGUUGGCCAUUACUUCCUGGCUGGUAUUCUUCUACAGUACAAUCACUUUGCAAUGGAUAUAGCGCAGGCACGGAAGACCGAUAAAGAUAUGAGUACUGGGGUGGAGAAGAUGGCCGUCCGACCAGCCGAGGAAGCGCGCAAAGUAGCCAUAUCACUAGACAAGUAUGCUCUCGACAUACGAAAACGAGGGUUCUUUGGACGAGGAUCGCGAACAUUGUCCAUUCUCAAACCCAUCACCGCAGAGUUUCAGCCAGGUAAUCUGAACGUGAUUAUGGGGCCCUCGGGCAGCGGGAAGACGUCGCUCCUCAACUCUGUUGCGCGACGACUACAUGGUUCCUUGAACACACAGUACCAGGUCCACGGCGACAUGCUAUACAAUGGAGCUAUCCCCUCCGAAAGUGUCAUCCGCUCUGUCACGUCGUUUGUGACCCAAGAUGACGAUGCAUUAAUGCCCUCACUGACAGUGCGCGAGAGUCUUCGAUUCGCGGCGGGACUACGAUUGCCCGUUUGGAUGUCACGAGAAGAGAAGAAUCGCCGGGCGGAAGAGGUUCUGCUCAAGCUGGGCAUCAGUGGCGGAGAGAAAAGGCGCGUCACGAUCGCCAUUCAGAUCCUGACCGAUCCGAAAGUGUUACUGCUCGACGAGCCCACUUCAGGCCUGGAUGCUUUUACGGCCAUGUCUAUCAUUGAGGUUCUUAAGGGACUCGCCGAAGAGGGGCGCACUCUGGUCAUGACCAUCCAUCAGGCCCGAUCGGAUUUGUUCCAGCAUUUCUCCAGUGUUUUGCUUCUUGCGCGAGGGGGGUAUCCGGUAUAUGCGGGCGACGGCUUAACAAUGUUAUCAUACUUUGGGGCAUUGGGAUACCACUGUCCGCAGACAACCAACCCAGCCGACUUCGUGCUGGACUUGAUUACAGUGGACCUACAACAAGCAGACCGAGAAGCGGUGACCCGCGAGAGGGUCCAGAAGCUCAUUGUCGGCUGGGAUCGCAAGACAUUCGAUCACGGACGGCGAACAUCUCACAUCGCUACACCAGCCGAACUGGGCAGCUUGAAGCGGCAGAUGCUCCCAUUACGGAUCACGUACCCCUUGGUGCUGCAUCGGUCGGCGAUCAAUUUCUGGCGACAGCCACCGCUUGUCAUGGCACGAUCAAUGCAGGUCGUGGGGAUCGCAAUUAUCAUGGCAUUGUUCUUUGCGCCCUUGAAGAACGAUUACGCCGCGGUGCAAUCACGGAUGGGCUUCAUCCAGGAGUUUGGCGCCUUGUACUUUGUGGGAAUGCUUCAAAACAUCGCCAUCUACCCCAACGAACGCGAUGUGUUCUACCGCGAGGAGGCCGACCAUUGCUACUCGGCUGAGACAUUCAUCCUGCAGUACACCACACUGGAGGUGCCCUUCGAGGUGCUGUCGUCCCUCAUCUUCGGCGUCCUGGCCGCAUACGCGGACAACCUCGGGCGCAGUCCCACGAUGUUCCUGAUCUGCGCGUACAACUGUUUCUGCAUCGUCAGCUGCGGUGAGUCGCUGGGCAUCAUGUUCUGCACGCUCUUCUCGCACGUUGGGUUCGCAGUCAACGUGACGUCAAUCUUGCUCUCCAUCGCGAACAUCCUAGGCGGUGUCAUGAGUCUGAACGUCAACGAGGUCCUCCAGGGGCUCAACCACCUCUCGCCCGUCAAAUAUGCCGUCGCCAACCUGGCGUCCUAUGCUAUGCGGAACCAAGAGUUCGUGUGUACGGCGGCCCAGCGAUUGGCGGAUGGAAGCUGUCCAAUCCAGAACGGACAGCAGGUGCUCCGGCUCUACAACCUGGACAAGAACGGGGCGAUGAACGUGAUGGCCUUAGGUGUUUGUACGAUAAUUUAUCGGGUGGUUGCUUACGGGCUGGUGAAGGGGAUGCGGUGGGAAAGGAAAUAA